GUCAGUAACAAAGCAAACUCCAAACCGCAGCACCCCGUUUUACUACACCUCCCAGAAUACACUGCGUCCGCUAUGGUUUGUAUCGAGAGGAAAAGAGGAAGAAUGCAUCCACAGACAUGGAGUAACGUAGGUUAAACAAAAUAUCUGAGUCCAGCUCACUGCUGGUGUUUCCUCCAGUGUUCCAUCUGUUAUGAGCGGCGGUAAAACUCGCUACAACCGUUACUCCGGAGGAGCAGCAGCGCCGCCCACGUCUUCCUUCUCCAGCAGCCCCUCCACCCCCCCAGCCGACUCGGCCAGUGAGGGCAGGAUGGAGGCGUCUUUUGGCCCCGCCUUCUCAGCGGUGGCGUCUGGAGCCAAAGCGGAAGGAUCAAACACCUACAAGCAACACCGGAGGACUCCGUCCUCCUCCAGCACCCUCACCUACUCCCCUCGUGAUGAGGACGAUGGAAUGCCUCCCAUCGGCACUCCCCGGAGGUCAGACUCCGCUAUCUCUGUCCGAUCACUGCACUCCGAGUCCAACAUGUCCCUUCGCUCCACGUUCUCCCUGCACGAGGAGGAGGAGGACACGGAGCCUCAGGUGUUUGCCGAGCAGCCGUCGGUCAAGCUGUGCUGCCAGCUGUGCUGCAACGUCUUCAAGGACCCCGUCAUCACCACCUGCGGGCACACCUUCUGCAGACGCUGCGCCUUGACUUCAGACAAGUGCCCAGUGGAUGCCGCCAAACUCACCGUCGUGGUCAACAACAUCGCCGUCGCCGAGCAGAUCGGGGAGCUCUUCGUUCACUGCAAAUAUGGCUGCAGAUCCACCGCCAGCGGAGGGGGCGGAGCUUCCGGCCCGACCUCCAAUGUGGCAGGAAAGCCGGGAGCGUUUGAGGUGGACCCUCUGGGCUGCCCCUUCACCAUCAAACUGUCCACGCGCAAAGAGCACGAGUCCAGCUGUGACUACCGGCCGGUCCGCUGCCCCAACAACCCCUCCUGCCCCCCACUGCUCACCAUGAACCUGGAGGCUCACCUCAAGGAAUGCGAGCACAUCAAAUGUCCACACUCCAAAUACGGCUGCACCUUCAUCGGGAACCAGGACACGUACGAAACCCACCUGGAGGUGUGCAAGUUUGAGGGGCUGAAGGAGUUCCUGCAGCAGACGGAUGACAGGUUUCACGAGAUGCAGCUGACCCUGGCCCAGAAGGACCAGGACAUCGCCUUCCUGCGCUCCAUGCUGGGAAAACUCUCCGAGAAGCUGGAUCAGCUGGAGAAAAACCUGGAGCUCAAGUUUGACAUGUUGGAUGAGAACCAGAGCAAACUGAGCGAAGACCUGAUGGAGUUUCGCCGUGAUGCCUCCAUGCUCAACGACGAGUUGUCCCACAUCAACGCCAGACUCAACAUGGGGAUCCUGGGCUCUUACGAUCCGCAGCAGAUCUUCAAGUGUAAGGGAACCUUUGUGGGUCACCAGGGACCCGUCUGGUGUCUGUGCGUCUACUCCACCGGAGACCUGCUGUUUUCUGGCUCCUCUGAUAAGACGAUUAAGGUGUGGGACACCUGCACCACCUACAAGUGUCAGAAAACCCUGGAGGGACAUGAUGGCAUCGUCCUGGCUCUCUGCAUCCAGGGCAACCGGCUGUACAGCGGCUCUGCAGACUGCACCAUCAUCGUGUGGGACAUCCAGACUCUGCAGAAAGUCAACACCAUCCGCGCCCACGACAACCCCGUGUGCACGCUGGUCUCCUCCCACAACAUGCUGUUCAGCGGCUCCCUCAAAGCCAUCAAGGUUUGGGACAUCGUGGGGACGGAGCUGAAGCUGAAGAAGGAGCUGACCGGUCUCAAUCACUGGGUCAGAGCGCUGGUGGCCUCCCAGAACCACCUGUACAGCGGCUCCUACCAAACCAUCAAGAUUUGGGACAUUCGCUCCCUGGAGUGUGUCCACGUCCUGCAGACCAGCGGGGGCAGCGUGUACUCCAUCGCCGUCACCAACCACCACAUCGUCUGCGGCACCUACGAGAACCUCAUCCACGUGUGGGACAUCGAGUCCAAAGAGCAGGUGCGGACCCUGACGGGUCACGUGGGAACCGUCUACGCGCUGGCGGUCAUCUCCACUCCGGACCAGACCAAAGUGUUCAGCGCCUCCUACGACCGCUCGCUCAGGGUGUGGAGCAUGGACAACAUGAUCUGCACCCAGACGCUGCUGAGACACCAGGGCAGCGUGACGGCGCUGGCCGUGUCCAGAGGACGCCUCUUCUCUGGGGCCGUCGACAGCACCGUCAAGGUGUGGACCUGCUGAAGCGGCUCAGCGGGCAUCAGGCUGACUGCAGCUCUGUGGAUCCCGGCGAUGGUUGUGGAUCUGCAGAGGAAGCCUGGUGCACUCAGCUCAGUGAUGGAAAGGUUGUCUCUUUGACACCUCGUUUGUUCUUUUAUAGUUUUGCAGAUAUCAGUGUUGUGAUUCUCCUCUGAGCUUUUAACACUUCCGGUUUGUCAUGUUCUCGCCGUUUCGUCUUUUUCUAAAAACUCCCAACAAAGGAAAAGCCUCGGAGGAGCCGAUAAAUCUCCACAGUUGUGGUUUCAUUGAGCUUCACACAAAGCCGUGUGACGGUUGUAAAGUCGUGUAUAAAAGUUUCCACACUCCGACUCCACGGUUCUGAUCAGGACAGACGGCAGAAACACUCCCCACAAAUGAGCAGGUCAAGCCCAGCUCCACCCCCAGCGGUUUCUGGACCCAUAUUGGGUUGAAAAUAUGAACAAAUUUCUGAAUAAGCUUAAGAAGACUGAAUGUGGUGUUAAACGUUUUGGCUAAACCAGAUUUUUUACUGUUUUUUUUUAACCCAGUUCAGAGGACGAACAGGGAAAAACAAAAAGAUGAAGUGUAAACUCCCCAAACUUUCAGUAACAUCUUAUAUACUUGUAGUUAUUUAAGAUGGAGUUGAUCCAAUAAAAAUGUUGUACACUUUAA